GGUCGGUCAGUCAGUCCGCGAGGAGAGUCCGCGGUGGAGGUGGCGGUGGCAGGGGCGGGAGCUGGAGCCGUGGGGGCCCUAGGAAGCCAACCUUCCCCGCUUCCCUGGGGCCCUCGCCCUCUCCUCCCUACACAGGCCAGGAUGGAGGCGCCUCCUCGACACCCCCUCAGCAGCCCUCCCCGGGAAAAGUGUCCCCCCUGAGCUCCUCCCCCUCCCCAAACAGCCCCUCUCCCUCCCGGUCAUGGGUCCGGGGGUCCCCGCUCCCCGGGUGGGGUGGCCGCUGCUGCUCCUAGUGGUGAUGGCGGCGGGGGUGACUCCGCUGUGGGCCUCCCACUCCCCUCAUCUCCCGCGGCCUCACCCGCGGGUCCCCCCGCACCCCUCCUCAGAACGGCGCGCAGUGUACAUCGGGGCACUGUUUCCCAUGAGCGGGGGCUGGCCCGGGGGCCAGGCCUGCCAGCCCGCGGUGGAGAUGGCGCUGGAGGACGUGAAUAGCCGCAGGGACAUCCUGCCGGACUAUGAGCUCAAGCUCAUCCACCACGACAGCAAGUGUGACCCAGGCCAAGCCACCAAGUACCUGUAUGAGCUGCUCUACAACGACCCCAUCAAGAUCAUCCUCAUGCCUGGGUGUAGUUCCGUCUCCACGCUUGUGGCUGAGGCCGCCAGGAUGUGGAACCUCAUCGUGCUCUCCUACGGCUCCAGCUCACCGGCCCUGUCCAACAGGCAGCGCUUUCCCACAUUCUUUCGAACUCAUCCGUCGGCCACGCUCCACAAUCCUACCCGCGUGAAGCUUUUUGAGAAGUGGGGCUGGAGGAAGAUCGCCACCAUCCAGCAGACCACUGAGGUCUUCACCUCGGUGAGCGUGCAUGCACUCAAACUUCAGUGCAGAGAGAUGUGGCCGGGAUUCCUUUUGGGGAGGAGAUGCUGGGGCCGGGCUCUUCACCCUCUUGUCUCCCACCCAGGGGGCAGCUAUAAGAAGAUCGGCUACUAUGACAGCACCAAGGAUGAUCUCUCCUGGUCCAAGACGGACAAGUGGAUUGGAGGGGCCCCCCCGGCUGACCAGACCCUGGUCAUCAAGACAUUUCGCUUCAUGUCCCAGAAACUCUUCAUCUCGGUCUCUGUGCUCUCCAGCCUGGGCAUUGUCCUGGCUGUGGUCUGUCUGUCGUUUAAUAUCUACAACUCUCAUGUCCGUUAUAUCCAGAACUCCCAGCCCAACUUGAACAAUCUGACGGCUGUGGGCUGCUCCCUGGCGCUGGCUGCCGUCUUCCCCCUUGGGCUGGAUGGUUACCACAUCGGGAGAAGCCAGUUCCCCUUCGUCUGCCAGGCGCGUCUCUGGCUCCUGGGUCUGGGCUUUAGCCUGGGCUACGGCUCCAUGUUCACUAAGAUCUGGUGGGUCCACACGGUCUUCACAAAGAAGGAGGAGAAGAAGGAGUGGAGGAAGACCCUGGAGCCCUGGAAGCUGUACGCCACGGUGGGCUUGUUGGUGGGCAUGGAUGUCAUCACUCUUGCCAUCUGGCAGAUCGUGGACCCUUUGCACCGGACCAUUGAGACUUUUGCCAAGGAGGAGCCAAAGGAAGAUAUUGAUGUGUCCAUCCUGCCCCAGCUGGAGCACUGCAGCUCCAAGAAGAUGAAUACGUGGCUUGGCAUUUUCUAUGGUUACAAGGGGUUGUUGCUGCUGCUGGGCAUCUUUCUUGCUUACGAGACCAAGAGUGUGUCUACGGAGAAGAUCAACGACCACCGGGCUGUGGGCAUGGCCAUCUACAAUGUGGCGGUCCUGUGCCUCAUCACUGCCCCGGUCACCAUGAUCCUGUCCAGCCAGCAGGACGCAGCCUUCGCCUUCGCAUCUCUUGCCAUAGUGUUCUCCUCCUAUAUCACUCUGGUCGUGCUCUUCGUGCCGAAGAUGCGCAGGCUGAUCACCCGGGGAGAGUGGCAGUCGGAGGCGCAGGACACCAUGAAGACGGGCUCAUCCACCAACAACAACGAGGAAGAGAAGUCCCGGCUGUUGGAGAAGGAGAACCGGGAGCUGGAGAAGAUCAUUGCUGAGAAAGAGGAGCGCGUCUCCGAGCUGCGCCAUCAGCUUCGGUCUCGGCAGCAGCUCCGCCCCCGGCGCCACCCCCCUACGCCCCCAGACCCCUCGGGGGGCCUGCCCAGGGGCCCCCAUGAGCCCCCUGACCGGCUCAGCUGUGACGGGAGCCGGGUUCAUUUGCUGUACAAGUGAGGGCCCGAGGGGAGGAGGAGGGGCUGGGGGAAGGCCUCCUCUGUGACUCUGGGGUCGUCUGGGUCCCCAGGACUGUGGAUCCGGCGUGUUUCCUCUCGUGUGCUCGCUGUUUUACAGCCACUGUGCCGUCUAGUGGGUGCCUGGCUGCAGCUUCCCCGGCCCCUCGCAGUGCGCCGCGCCCCUUCCCCUCCCGCUAGCGCCCUCUCUCCCUACCUGUCUCCUUCCGCUGGCCCACGCCUCACCCCUCCACCAGCUCCGUCCUUCUGGAGUUUCCGGCCUCCGCCCUGUGUGUGCUCAUGCUUCCCAACACACGUGCUCGUGUGCAUGCGUGCUCACAUGUGCUCCUGUGUGCGGCUUGUCCUCGCCUCCCUCCGGCGCUCUCGUGGCCACUGCGCCCUUUGUCUGCCGAGCGGAGGCCUUCCCCACCGGCGCACGUCCGUGUUUACCCGUGCGUCCUCCCUGUGUGUGCUCAUGGCACCUGGGUACUCUCAGCUUUGCACCGUAAAAUCGUUGUAUUCUCCCAACAGAGCCAGAGGCACCCACCCUACACGUCAUUGUGCACCUUCCCCAGUUCCCACCCUCACAUGCUUUCUGCUUGAACCCCCUUUGUGCUCAUGUACUGCACUAGGUCCACACUCCCAGUCCUCCUUCCCAGGACUGCUCCCUUUGGUUUUGUGUUUUCCUGGGGGGAGUUAAGGGAGAAGAAAUGGGGGCAGGCUUGGGGAGCUGCUUCCAGUAGACAGUUGGUGAGAAUCCCAACCACAAGAAGGCCCCGUGAACAACUGGCACAGACAGACGGAGGCAUCCCCUUCACGCCGUGGUGUCUCUUGGGGAGGGAUCUCCCCCAGUCUCAAUAAACCAGUGAACAGUGUGA